GUGACGGCACCCGGAAGUGAGAGACGGAAAGAUUUGCCACACUGUACUGUCUAUGGUAACUUCAACCGUUGUUAUAUCACUUACUUACUUAUCACGUAUCUUAUGUGGCACUCCAGCGAGUAGGCUAUAUUUAAUCGACAUUUGAAGCGACAGUAUGAGUCAGGAAAGUAACAUAGAGUUACAAACUGCAACAAGAGAAAAACUCCGAAGAUUUAACGCUCAGCGCGCUAAAGAGGUGCAGCCUGGUGAGUUUUGGGACGUGGUGGUUGUGACAGCUGUGGAUGUGAGCCAGAGAGACGCAUACGAGCUGCAGAUCAGAGAGAAGGUUGACAGAAAAGAGCUUCCGCUCGGGGUUCACUACAAGGUCUUCUCAGACCCGCCCGGGUCGAAAAUAGGGAAUGGGGGCUCCACUCUGUACGCACUGCAGCAGCUGAAUGACAUCUAUGGAACGGCUCUGGGCAGGCUGAAAGUCAUCCUCAUCCAUGCAGGCGGGUUGAGUCAGCGUCUGCCUUGUGCCAGCGCCCUGGGGAAGAUCUUCACCGCCGUGCCGCUGGGUGACCCUCUCUACCAGAUGCUGGAGCUGAAACUGGCCUUGUAUGUGGAUUUCCCAUCCCAGAUGAAGCCUGGUGUACUGGUGACCUGUGCAGACGACAUAGAGCUCUACAGUACUGCAGAAGAUAAGUGUGUAAGGUUUGACAAACCUGGCUUUACAGCUUUAGCCCACCCCUCCUCACUGUCUACUGGGACUACCCACGGAGUGUUUGUGCUGGAUUCAAAUGAAAAGUCUACUUGCUCUGAAAUGGCAAACAUUUCCUGCCUGCGCUUCCUGCACAAGCCGAGCAUCAAUAAGAUGCGAGACAGUGGAGCUGUUUGUAAAAGGCAGGGUGGUUGUUACGCUCUUUCUGACUCUGAGUUUGUCUACACAGACAGCACCUAUUAUGUCGAUUUUGAUACUGCAAAGUCUCUACUUAAUCUGCUAAAGGAGUUGGGGCCUUUGGACUGUGAGGUAGACGCAUAUGGGGACUUUCUCCAGGCACUUGGCCCUAAAGCCACCAUAGAUUACACCAGCAACACUGCAAAUGUCACCAGAGAGGAGAGCAGUCUGGUGGAAAUCCGCCAAAAGAUCUUUCAUCUUCUAAAAGGGACUCCGCUGAAUGUCAUUCUCCUGAACAACUCCAAGUUUUAUCACAUUGGGACUACAUCAGAGUACCUCUUUCACCUUACUGAGGAUGUGGCGCUGAGCAGUGAGCUGGGUCUCCUGUCAUCUGCUUUCAGUGUACAUAUAAAUGACAACGCCUCCUCGCGAUGCUGCGUCAUGUACAGCAUCCUUGAUCCCAGUUGCUCUGUGGGAGCUGGUUCAGUGGUGGAGUACUCCAGGCUGGGAGAAGGAGCUUCCGUAGGUGGCGGCUCCAUUGUCAGCAGCUGCUGGGUCAGUGCAGGUCUCUCCGUGCCUGCUGGAGUCUUCAUGCAUUCUCUGUGUGUGAAUUACAAGCACCAAACCAGGUUUGUAACUGUCGUCUUUGGGAUUAGUGACAACUUGAAGCACAGCGUGGUGGCCCCCGCAUAUAUGGAAGAGCUGAAGCUAUUUGGUCUCAGCCUGGCAGCUUGUCUGGCCCACUGGGGGCUGAAAAAUGAAGUCCUGAGGUUCUCUGGGGAUGCAUCCAGCUGUAGUUUAUGGAACGCUUGUUUGUUUCCGGUUUCCUCUGAUCAAAAAAGCUCAUUCUCACAGUCUCUGGAGAUGCUGCAGGCCGCCCGGAGCGGCUCUACAUUCACUUUGCCCAAAGACACAAAGCUGAUGUCUAUGCAAGAGGCCUUACAGUAUAAAAACUUGGAGGAGAUGUUGAAGUUCAGGAAGGGACUAUAUGAAGACAUCACACAGAGGAAACCCAACAAUUAAAGGACUAUAGGCUUUUGUCAUCUGAGUAAUUGUGGUACAUGUCAUAAAGUUCAUCCUUGCA